CGAGAGGGCACUGUAUGGCCCUUGGGACCAGCUAUUAAACCCGGCGGGCGUAACCUCCCUCAUGCUCGACAGCAGUACGCAGAAAGGCGUGGAGAUCUUUGACUUGAACGUGCCCUAUUUCCCCCAUUCCGGGCGCUUUUCCUUGUGCUGGGGCUACAAC